AUGAAUUUAUUAGCUCAUACACUGGGCUCACACUGUGAAAAAGAUGAAAAUUGUAAACAAGUUAGGUUUGCGAGAUGCUCAGAGGAAAAAGUCUGUAAAUGUGCUUCAAAUACUGCUGCUGUGAAUUUGGCACAUUGUUCACCUGUUAUAGGCGGAUUUUGCUGGACAACAGAUGAUUGUUUGACUCGUGAUUCUAUCUGUGUUCAUAACAAAUGUCAAUGCAAGCAGUUAUAUAUACGUGAAUCUGAUAAUCAAUGCAUACCGGCUCAUUUGAACAUAUCUUGUACGGAUGAUAUGCAAUGUAGUAGUUUGUUCGCCAAUUCGAUAUGUUCUGAAACUAAAGGCUGCAUUUGUGACAAAAAUUAUUUUGAAAAAAGUGGUACAGAAUGUGCAUUGAGUACUAACAAUUCGUGUUCGAGCGAUGGCUCAUGUGAAUUGAAUAACUCUGUUUGUAUUAAUAAUAUUUGCCAAUGUAAGCCUUUGUUUGAGUUUAGAUAUCUUAUCUGUGUUCCAAUUUAUUUGAAUAAACAUUGCAUUAAUAAUAGUGAUUGCAAUCAUAUACAACAUGCAAUAUGCUCAGCUGAUGAAAAAUGUGUGUGUGAUGAAAAUUACAUUGACAUUAAUGGAAAAACCUGCAGUCCAGUACUCGAUGGAUUCUGUUCUGAAGAUACAGAUUGUUUAGCUGUCAAUUCGAUUUGUAUAAAAAAUGAAUGUCAGUGCAAACCAAAUUUUUUGAGGCAUUCUAAUAAACUCUGCCAAUUACCACAACUAGGAAUGUCGUGUAAAUAUGAUAAUGAUUGUGAAAAAAUAUUGUAUAGUAAAUGCUCUGAAAACGAAAGAUGUGAAUGCAUGUCAACUUAUGUGGAAUAUAAUACCACAGCAUGUGCGCCAUUACUAGGCAGAUAUUGUUCAGACGAUGGACUAUGUGCACCUCUUAAUUCUAUUUGUUCAGAUAAUAUAUGUAUAUGUGAUGAUGGUUAUAUAAGGAAUUCCAUUGAUAAAUGUAUACCACAUCAUCUUUAUAUGUAUUGUGAAAAUAAUGAAGAUUGUAAAAAAUUAUCGAACACAAAAUGCGUAAAAUAUAAUUGUGUUUGCAAAGACAAUCACGACGUACUGAAUACAACGACUUGCGCACCACUAUUAGGUGAAUACUGUGAAAACAAUCAACAGUGCGCACCCGACAAUUCAAUUUGUAUCCAUAAUACGUGUCAAUGCAGCGAUGACUAUAAAAAAUAUAAUAAUAGAUGUAUAUCAAAGACAGGAUAUUUUGAAGUAUCAUGUGAUAAAGAUGAUGAUUGUAAAGACAUUAAAUUUGCAAAAUGUUCUAGUGAACAAAAAUGCAUGAAGAUUGUAUUUCCUAUAAUACUGUUUGUGUAA